UGAACCGAGAUAGCGCCACGGCACUCCAGCCUGGACCACAGAAUGAGACUCCGUCUCAGAAAAGAAAAGAAAAAAAAAAAGCGAGCGCGUAAUGUCUGGAGCAGGUGCGCGGUUGCCACGGCCGCCGCGGGAGGCUUGGGCCGGCCGGGUUUCCCGGCACGCCGGCGCCCGGCUCCUGGCGCAGAGGCCGCUCUAAGUUUCGCUUUCCAUUCAAUGGGAAACGAAAGCUGGGCGGGGCGCAGCCGAGCGCGGGGCCAGACCAAGGCGCGGAACUUCGGCCGCAGCUGCGUCCCCGGCUCAGUCACGCCGUGGAACUCAGCAGCGGAGGCUGGACGCUUGCGUGGCGCUUGAGAGAUCCCAUCGUGCCUGGCUCACAUAAGCUCUUCCGGGAAGUGAAGUGCUGUCCUGAACGCGGCCCAGGCAGCCGCGGCCUGGGGGUUUUGAGUGAUCAUGAAUGGGCAAGGUGUUUGGGCUCAAGAGACAAACCUGUAAGUCCAUCCUGGCUGAGUCUCCGCAGUCCCCGGCAGAUCUUGUUGAAAAGAAGGAAGAAGACAGCAACAUGAAGAGGAAGACAGAGCAGCCCAGAGAGCAUCCCAGGGCCUGGGACUACCCUCAUGGUCAAGGUUUCUGGCUGUUCUUGUGUGACAGGAUCACGGUGCCCAGGGGAGCUGACGAGCAGAGGAGAAGCGUCCCUUUCCAGAUGCUUCUGCUGUUGGAGAAGAUGCAGGACAGCCGGCAGAAAGCAGUGCGGCCCCUGGAGCUCGCCUACUGCCUGCAGAAGUACAAUGUGCCCAUGUUUGUCCAGCAUGAUGCCGCCCAACUCUACCUCAAACUCUGGAACCUGAUCAAGGACCAGAUCACUGAUGUGCACUUGGUGGAGAGGCUGCAGGCCCUGUAUAUGAUCCGGGUGAAGGACUCCUUGAUUUGCCUCGACUGUGCCAUGGAGAGUAGCAGAAACAGCAGCAUGCUUACCCUUCCACUGUCUCUUUUUGAUGUGAACUCAAAGCCCCUGAAGACACUGGAGGACGCCCUGCACUGCUUCUUCCAGCCCAGGGAGUUAUCAAGCAAAAGCAAGUGCUUCUGUAAGAACUGUGGGAAGAAGACCCGUGGGAAACAGGUCUUGAAGCUGACCCAUUUGCCCCAGACCCUGACAAUCCACCUCAUGCGAUUCUCCAUCAGGAAUUCACAGACGAGAAAGAUCUGCCACACCCUGCACUUCCCCGAGAGCUUGGAUUUCAGCCAGGUCCUUCCAAUGGAGCGAGAGCCCUGUGAUGCUGAGGAGCAGCCUGGAGGGCAGUAUGAGCUUUUCGCUGUGAUUGCACACGUGGGAGUGGCAGACUCCGGUCAUUACUGUGUCUAUAUCCGGAAUGCUGUGGAUGGAAAAUGGUUCUGCUUCAAUGACUCCAAUAUUUGCUUGGUAUCCUGGGAAGACAUCCAGUGUACCUACGGAAAUCCCAACUACCACUGGCAGGAAACUGCGUAUCUUCUGGUUUACAUGAAGAUGGAAUGCUAACGGAUAUGCCCAAAACCUUCAGAGACUGACACGCUAUCAUUUUCCACUCCGUUCCUGGAUCUAUGGAGUCUUCUGAGUCUUCUAAGAGAUUUUGUAAUGAGGAGAAGCAUCGUUUUCAGACUAUAUAACUGAGCCUUAUUUAUAAUCAGGGAUAUUAUCAAAAUAUUUAACAAUGAGGGUCCUCAGGUCCUGAUCAGUCAGAAUGGAUGCUUUCACUAGUGGACUCGGCCAUGUGGCUGCGCAGUCCUGGGUGCUUCCUGCUGUGCAAGACGUUAGCCCUUUAGUUAGCAGGUUAUGGGGAGUCCAGGUGCUCCCAGGGGGGAGAGCAGUGGCAGUGGGAGGCAUCUGGGGGCCAAAGGUCAGUGGCAGGGGGUAUUUCAGUAUUUUAUAACUGCUAUGACCAGACUCGUGUGUACUGGCUGAGUAUCAGUGCUGUUUGUAAUUUUUCACUUUGAGAACCGACGUUAAUUCUAUAUAAAUCAAGUGUUUAGUAACUGUUACUCAUUUAUUCAGCAAAUAUUUAUUGAUCACCUAUUCUCCAUAAAAUAGUGUGAUAAACACAAUCAUGAAUAAAGUUAUUUUCCACAAAA